CCAUUACUCAAGGGAAGAUAAACAAUGGCUUGGCGUGAAUUCAGUGUCCUCAGCUGGCUCAGAGAGAGUCGUCAAUCUCGGAAACUAAUCUUGUUGAUUGUCUUCAUUGCGUUGCUCUUGGACAACAUGUUGCUUACUGUAGUUGUGCCAAUUAUUCCCAGUUACUUGUAUAGCAUGGAACACCAGAAAAAUGCAACAGAAGUCCAAACCAUUAAGCCAGAGACAGCUUCAUUUAACUUGGACAGUUUUCAAAGUAUCUUCUCCUAUUAUGACAACUCUACAAUGGUUACUGGAAAUCAUUCUGAAGGGACAAGGCCGGGAGAUUUUUAUCAUGCUCAGACCCAGCAAAUGGCAGUAAAUAUGACUAAGACAUCCUCUGACUGCCCCAAGGAAGACAAAAACCUGCUGAAUGAAAAUGUUCAAGUCGGCUUGUUGUUUGCCUCCAAAGCAACGGUGCAGCUCAUCACUAACCCUUUCAUAGGGCCAAUGACAAAUAGAAUAGGCUAUCAGAUUCCCAUGUUUGCUGGCUUUUGCAUAAUGUUUGUCUCAACAAUUAUGUUUGCCUUUUCAGAAAGCUACAAGUUACUGUUUAUAGCAAGAUCACUUCAAGGAGUAGGUUCCUCUUGUUCUUCAGUAGCUGGGAUGGGUAUGCUGGCCAGUGUAUAUACUGAUGAUGAAGAAAGAGGCAAUGCAAUGGGAAUUGCCUUAGGAGGAAUGGCUAUGGGAGUAUUAGUGGGCCCACCUUUUGGAAGUGUGAUGUAUGAAUUUGUUGGGAAAGCAUCACCUUUCCUGGUGUUAGCAGCAUUAGCUCUUUUUGAUGGAGCCAUACAGUUGUUAAUUCUACAACCAUCCAGUAUACAACCAGAAAGCCAGAAAGGAGCAUCAUUACUGACACUCUUGAGAGAUCCCUACAUCAUUAUAGCUGCAGGAUCAAUAUGUUUUUCAAAUAUGGCUAUUGCUAUGCUGGAACCAGCAUUACCCAUCUGGAUGAUGGAGACAAUGUGCUCAAGAAAAUGGCAGCUUGGCGUUGCUUUCAUUCCAGCUAGUGUCUCUUAUCUGAUUGGAACUAAUAUUUUUGGAGUCCUUGCACACAAAAUGGGACGGUGGCUUUGUGCUCUAAUUGGUAUGGUAUUAGUGGGAAUAAGCAUUUUGUGUGUACCUCUUGCGAAAAACAUAUAUGGACUUAUAGCACCAAAUUUUGGAGUUGGUUUUGCCAUUGGGAUGGUGGAUUCUUCAAUGAUGCCUAUUAUGGGUUACCUUGUUGAUCUGCGUCAUGUGUCAGUCUAUGGGAGUGUGUAUGCAAUAGCAGAUGUUGCAUUUUGCAUGGGGUUUGCUAUAGGUCCUUCUCUUGGUGGUGCCAUUGCAAAGGCAAUUGGGUUCCCAUGGCUCAUGACCAUAAUAGGAAUUAUUGACAUCCUCUUUGCUCCUUUGUGUUUGUUCCUACGUAGUCCACCUGCCAAAGAAGAAAAAAUGGCAAUACUCAUGGACCACAACUGUCACUAUAAAACCAAAAUGUAUACACAGAACAAUGUCCAGUCCUAUCCAAUAGGUGACGAUGAUGAAGAAUCAGAAAGCGAUGAGUAAUAUCUAAAAGCCAUAAAAAUAGCCUGGUGUAUACAACAGUGUUUCCUGUGAAACAUCUCAUCAAAAUUUUAGUUGUACUGUAGUCUUAUUGGUGAAUUAGUAACAAAACCAAACCAAAGGUAGAUUAUCUGUUGCCCAUUAUUAUGAAGCAGAAUACCCACUGCCUUAUAAAGGAAAAUAAGCUUUUUAAGGACUUUGUAUAGUGUUAAAAAUUGUGCAUUUACUUUUAAUAUUAUAUGAUAUAUUUUUGAUUACACGAAUGGUGGAAAUGUCUAUAAAUAUCUAAAUCAAGAUCCAUGCCUUUUAAAAUGUUCACUCAUGAAC